CAGCAACAAGGAUUACAUCCACAAGUUUCCUUUCACGAUUUUGUGCAUCGCACUGCAGAGUACACCUUCAUCUUCCCCUUCGUCCCUUCUUGGGGCUAUCAUCUACCUUGACCGCCUAUGCCUGCGCCACCCGAAUCUAAUCAUCACGGAAAAAAACAUAUUAAGGCUUUUCUUGACCUCCGUUCGCGUCGCAUCCAAGACCCUGGAAUUGCGUAGUAUUAACAACCGCCACUUCGCGGAAGUUUUUGGACUUGACACGAAAUCAUUGAACCUUUUGGAAGAAGCGUUUAUCAAGCGGCUGGUGUUUGAUUUUUUCUUAUCACCAGAGGAAUUUGGGGAUUAUGCCCGUUUGCUGCAGCCAUCCAAUUCCUACUAUUGCCGAAAUUUGUCUGCACAUCGUGGAUAUGCAUCAACAGGGGGGGUAACAGACGAGAAGGCGAUUCCGGAGUCAUCAACCACGCAAUAUUAUCAGGAUACUCCCAGCAACUACAGUAGCAACGCCCAAAACCCUCCUGCUACAAAUCCAUUGGGAACUGAUGGGCAGUCAAACAUUCAAAAACAUAUCAUAGUUGCCAGGGAGACUGGAGUAAAUGAGGUUGCCAAUGUUUCUCAGGGAGCGUCGUGCUCUAAAGGCAUUGGGCCCAUGGAGCACAGCAGCCGAGUGGAGGUGCCAUCCAAGAAACAGCUUAUCGGGAUAGGCGGCAGCGGCGCGUGUGGUCUUAAUUACCUUAGUGUCAGUGAAAACAGCAACAGUACCGUGCCGACGGCGGGAGGUGAUAGGGGUGAUGCAUCCAGAGUCGUUGCAGGAGGCAUUAGCCAGGCGGAACGCAAAGACAAAGUGGUGGUGUAG